AUUUUUCGUUAAAAUGGAAUCUUUCUUUUCUAACAUAUUUCCAUACAAGGUGCGACCACUAACACUAAGUGACUUCAAGACUCUACUCUCUUCAUAUUCUUCUCCUCUUCAUUAUGCUCAAGUAGACAUUGAUCAUUUAACAUAUCCCAAUAUAGCAUUCGGAAACCCAAUAAAGAAAAACAACCCAACAAUGGAUUUACCGGAGGAGGUAGAAUCCAACCACUACAACUCUUCCGCCUACGAAGCAGCUCUGAAGCACGACUGGAAAACUGCAGGGGAAACCUCUGCAUCCCGCGCUGAAACAUCCAUUCUGCAAUUUGCCGUACUGUCUCCGAGCUCGACCGCUUUCCUCCAGAACCAACUGACCAAGUUGUCACAGGAUUCGCUGCGAGUCACGGUGGAUGAUAUCGGCAACACACUCCUCCACACCGCGGCGGAAGCUGGCAACUUGGCGGCCGUGCGUGCCAUCGUCGCGAUUGACCCUUUACUGACGGGCGACUUGAUUUCGCGACGAAAUUGCUUCGGCGACACGCCGGUUCAUUCUGCCGCUGCAUUUGCUAAUUGGGACGUCGUCGUUUAUCUCUUGUCCGUCAUCUUUGGCAUUUGGCCGCAUGAUGGUGGUGAUGAUGGUCUGGUAGGAGACAGUCCUCUGGCUGCCUCCCAGGGCGUCAGGCUCCUUCAGCUCCUCAUUGCUGCUGAUUUCUAUGGUAUUGCCCUCAUUAUGAUGGAGAGAUAUCCGAGUUUAGGGCGUGGCACGGAUAUAUUGACGGGUAUGACUGCUUUAGAGAUGUUGGCUAAAAGAGAUCGGGCGUCCAUCAAGAAGAGGCAUGGCGAUAGAACGUUGUCUACUCAACUUUUGACCAAGAACAAACCCAGCAGGAGUGCGGUCAUCACAAGCGGCGAUGGCAAUGAAGGCAUUCUUGGUCGAGCUUGUGGAUUGUGCGACACUGCAUGGAGAGUGUUUGGCAUGGCGUCUCCAUUCAGAGCAGUGAAUUGGGAUGAAGCCUUGCCUCUGUUAAAGCAGCUCAUCCUCGAAGCCAAUCUGCACUUCAGUGGUAACGAAAGGAGAUCGAUCUUCGGACGAGCAAUGCGAAUGGCUGCCGAACGGGGGAAUGUGCUGUUCGUCGAGGCGCUAGCCAAUGCCUGCCCUGUUGCCGUUAUGGAACGAGAUGACGACGACGAUGAUGAUGGAAAGGGACGUUACAAUAUGAUGGAGCUGGCGGUUCUGCAUCGCCAGGACGGUGUCUUUCUGUUGCUGUACGAAAAGAAGUACUUCUCCUUGGGACAUCUCUUAAGUAGUACUACCCAUACAAAAGUCGACGGUGAGGAUGACGGUAACAAGAACAACAACUUGCUGCAUUUGGCCGCCAGGUUGGGACCAAGGCGCACCAUUUAUGGACCUUUUGUGCAAAUCCAGGAAGAGCUCAGAUGGUUCAAGACCGUGGAAACGAUGAUCCACGCCAGACUACGCGAGGCGGCCAACGAGAAAGGCCAAACUCCAACACAAGUCUUCACAGAAGAGCACAAACCGCUGGUGGAAGAAUCCGAGAAAUGGCUAGAAGACAUCUCCAAGCAAUGCACCACCAUCGCCGCGCUCAUGCUCUCUGCCUUCUCCGCGGCGGUCUUCGCGUCGCCGCUGAGCGACAAGGACGUCAGGGACAACGCCCCGCGGAACAUGUGGAUCCAACUGGGAGUGACCGUCUUCACGGUGUCGAACGCCGGGGCAUUCUACUGCUCCUGCCUCGCCCUCCUCCUGUUCGUCGCCGCCAUGGUGUGCCGGCACUCUGUACUUGACGACUUCCUCGGGGUCAUCCCGCGGCGGAUCGGGAUCGGGCUGGUGGCGAUGAUCGGAGGGAGCCUGUUCAUGGCCACGUCGUUCUUCGCGUCGUUGUAUACGGAGAUUGCGAGCAGGAGCCUGCGGGUGGACGCUGAGGCGCCGGAUCAGGAAGUGAACGGGAUGGGGCUGUUUUUCUGCUCUUUGCUGAUAGUUCCCUUGAUGGUCUACACGGCGACGCAUGCUCCGCUGCUCACUACGUUUUCCGCGGGCACUGGCAGGCGUCGAGAGCUGCUUUUCUCCUAGUAUAUAUGGUUAUAUAUGUAGGUACUCGUUGGUUCAUAUUUAAAAAUUAAAUCAAGGAUUGAAAUAUCAUAUCGUACUGGGUUCGAUCAGAAUAACCUUUUAUCGGAGGCUAAAUUUAUG